AUGCCUUGUUUAAGUCAGUGGACAUCUGCCAGACAGAAUCAAGCACCACAAGCUGCCCCACCAGCACCUCCCAAGCCUACCACUGAAGAUCUUAUUAAUGCCAUGUUGGCUGAUUCUCAACAAUUCAAACAAGAAACUCAAGCAGCAAUAAAAAGUUUAGAGAAUCAAGUGGGUCAACUCUCAGAAUCUUGUAAUCGAAUGCAAUCUAAAUUGUUCAAUCAACUACCAUCCCAACCUGAGAAAAAUCCUAAGGAGAAUGCUAGUGUAGUGACUUUGAGAAAUGAUAGUCCAGAAGAUGAAAAAGAGGCACCUAAGCCAAAAAAUCCAGCUCCACCAAAGCCUACCAUUGUCAUACCCCCACCCUUCCCAAGCAGAUUAAACAAUACUAAGAAGGAAGAAGCUGACAAGGAAAUUCUUGAAACAUUUCGCAAGGUGGAAGUGAACAUUCCUCUUCUUGAUGCCAUAAAACAACUACCGCGAUAUGCCAAGUUUCUGAAGGAGCUUUGCACCAAUAAGCGCAAGUUAAGGGGUAAUGAAAAAGUAAGUGUGGGGGAGAAUGUGUCAGCAGUCCUCCAAAAGAAGCUUCCUCCAAAGUGUAAGGAUCCUAGAACUUUCACUAUUCCUUGCACUAUUGGAAAAACCAGGAUUGAGCGGUGUAUGUUGGAUUUGGGGGCCUCCAUUAAUGUCAUGCCAUUCUCUAUCUAUAACUCCUUGAAUCUGGGUCCACUUGAAGAAACUGGGAUAAUCAUUCAACUUGCUGAUAGGUCGAAUGCCUACCCCAGAGGUGUCAUUGAAGAUGUGCUAGUUCAAGUUAAUGAAUUGGUAUUUCCAGCAGAUUUCUAUGUACUUGAUAUGGAAGAUGAUUCUAUCCCUUGCUCCACUCCAAUUUUGUUAGGAAGACCAUUCAUGAAAACAGCAAGAACCAAGAUUGAUGUCCAUGAGGGAACCUUGACAAUGGAGUUCGAUGGAGAGACAAUCUGA